AUGAAAAUAAAUGUUUUUGUGCAUCAUAGGGAGGAUCAAUCAUUCUCCUCCUUGCUGAAAGUGACCAGAGACUCAGUGAGGCAAUACCUUCAGUUCAGACCUGACCAAUCUGUGACCAUUUUACAUGCCAAAGUUGCCCAGAAGUCCUACGGCAAUGAGAAGAGGUUUUUCUGUCCUCCUCCUUGUGUAUACCUCUCUGGACAUGGAUGGAAAGUCAGACAAGAGCAGUUUAAAGCAUCAGGUCUAAAUGAAUCGGCUUGUCGGAUUUUCGGUUACAUGGGUCUGGACAGCUCCAAUGAUCCACGGACAGACAGUUUCAAGCUGAGCUUUGAGGAGCAGACAGACAAGAAGAUGUUUGCCUGCGCUAAAACCUUGUACAUCUCAGACACAGACAAACGGAAGCACUUCCGCCUGCUGCUACAUCUGUUCCACAACGGAGGGCAAGAAAUCGGCACGUUCAACAGCAGACUCAUUAAAGUCAUCUCUAAACCAUCGCAGAAGAGACAGUCCAUGAAAAACGCCGACCUGUGUAUCUCCUCAGGCUCAAAAGUGUCAUUGUUUAACCGAUUGCGGUCGCAGACGGUCAGUACACGGUACCUCGCGGUGGAAGACGGGGCUUUUGUUGCCAGCGCAAGACAGUGGACUGCUUUUACUGUUAAUUUAGUGGAGGAGACGCAGGCCGUGCACAGUGAAUACACAAUGUGUGAGAGCUACAUCUGCUACGGCUGUGUGGUUCAGCUGGUCUGCACUGACUCCGGAGUGGCACUGCCACCAAUGGUAAUUCGUAAAGUGAACAAGCAGCAGGCAUGUCUAGACGUGGAUGAACCUGUUUCUCAGCUUCAUAAAUGUGCUUUCCAGUUCCGAGGCAGCGACCACAUGUACCUGUGCCUGUCUAAUGAAAAAAUCAUACAGUUCCAGGCCUCUCCAUGCCCUAAAGAGAGUAAUAAGGUGUCAUUGAAUGAUGGAUCCUGCUGGACGAUUAUUGGAACAGAGGUGGUUGAAUACAGCUUCAGUGAGAGUCUCACCGGUCAUCCUGCAACCAUCAGCCCUGUGCCUGUUAUCAGCGGACUGGAGCUGAAUGGAGGUGGACAUGUGGCCAUGCUGGAGCUUCACGGAGAAAACUUCAGUCCACACUUAAGGGUCUGGUUCGGCAACAUGGAAGCUGAGACCAUGUUCAGGUCCUCCAGGUCUCUGCUGUGUGUGGUUCCUGAUGUGUCUAUAUUGAGUGGUGAAUGGAGAUGGACGAGGCAGCCAAUCACAGUGCCUUUAUCUUUGAUCCGAUUGGACGGUCUGAUCUACAGGAGCUGGUUCUCCUUCACGUACACCCCCGAGCACAGCGCCAGCUCCCAGACCAGCGGCUCCGGAGAGAGAAGCGCAGACUCAGACGCUCUCAUAGACACCAUACACCAGGAGUUCACACGCACCAACUUUCACCUGUUCAUGCAGAGCUGAACACACACACUCACACACACAUGCACAGACUCAAAUGCACACAC